AUGAUCUUCGAAAGCGAGGAGCCAGAUCCGGAGCCGCAGGACGCUGUCGAUUGUUCCAUCGCUCUCAACAACAUCCUUUUUAAUCGCCUCCAGUCUGUGCGGGAACGAGUCCGGACCUUCGCGGUGGAAAAGGCCGCCAUGGAAAUCAACCUUGAACAUGACAACAGUGAAGAAUACCAUAGAUUACUAUACGCAUACAACGAGCUGGCUCUCGAACUGGAUCUGGAAGAGGGACUUUCCUCGGCCUACCUCCAGGAGGAUGUCGACUGCUACAUCCCUCACCCCCUCUUCGGCGCUCUCUCUCUCGUCAUUCGAAGAAAAGACCUUGGCUCAAAAGGUCUCGCCGCCAACAUCCCAGUCUGGAUUGUGCGCACAGGGGAAGAAGGAGAAGUCAACCUAAGCACACCCAUCCUCUUUGACGGCCUGAUCAAGGAAGAAGCAACCCAAGUACAAGAAGCAAACCUCUGCACCAUCGGCAAGCACGCCAUCCGCACAACACCUUCCCGAGCCCUGAAGUUUAUCUUCUCGCUCUCCGCCCGCGAAAACGCUGCCUUUGGCCAACAGCCAGACCUCUACCUCGCCACUCAACACCCUCGCCGUCUUCCCGACUGGCGAAACAAAUACCUCACCCUCGCUCAAAACCUCAAGCGAGAACUAGGCGGUUACGACGGCUUUUCCCCCGCUGACCUCCCCCCAGGCCCGAGCUCAACCUGGGUGGAGAACAUAACGCCAGAUAAGCUCGCGGCUCACUGGUUCGCAAAAGAACAAAAGUACAUCCGAGACCGCGAGGAGAAGCUGCGCAAGUCGUUGGUUGAGUUGAUGGAGGAAAAAGCCUCCGGGGUGGUGGAAUGGAGGUGGAACAAAAUCAACCAGAGGAUCCGGAGGAAGUUUGUAAGGUUGCGUAUGAGUCUCGUUGUCGGUGUUUCGUAUACAUAG